UCCGCCCGCGGCGCCCCGCUCUGUCCUGCCCUCCCAGGACAUCCCAGCGCUGCCCAUCCCAGGACAUCCCAGCGCUGCGCGCUCCUGCAUGCGGGAGCAGCGAGGGAGCCGCGCCGGCCCGCUCCGCCAGCAUGUCCGCCCGCUGCUGCGCCGGCCAGUUGGCCUGCUGCUGCGGUACUGCUGCUUGUUCCUUGUGCUGCAAAUGCUGUCCCAAGAUCAAACAGUCAACCAGCACCCGCUUCAUGUACGCGCUUUACUUCAUCCUGGUGACCAUCAUCUGCUGCGUCAUGAUGUCUACAACAGUAGCUAAUGAAAUGAAAACUCACAUUCCCUUCUACAAGCAGAUGUGUAAGGGUAUUCAGGCGGGUGAGAUGUGUGAGAAGUUGGUGGGAUACUCUGCCGUGUACAAAGUCUGUUUUGGAAUGGCCUGCUUCUUCUUUUUAUUCUUCUUGUUCACCAUCAAAAUUAACAACAGCAAAAGCUGCCGAGCAUACAUUCAUAAUGGAUUUUGGCUUAUUAAACUUAUAGUUCUGGCAGCAAUGUGCUCAGGAGCCUUCUUCAUUCCUGAUCAGGACACUUUCCUCAAUGCCUGGCGCUAUGUGGGAGCAACAGGAGGGUUCCUUUUCAUUGCCAUUCAGCUCAUCCUGCUGGUUGAGUUUGCACACAAGUGGAAUAAAAAUUGGACUGCAGGUGCAAACCACAAGCAGAUGUGGAAUGGAUUGCUUGCCUUGGUCACUCUCAUCCUGUACUCCAUUGCUGUGGCUGCUCUGGUCCUCAUGGCUCUUUUCUACACGCGCUCAGAGGGCUGCAUGUACAACAAGGUGCUGAUCGGAGUGAACGGUGGCCUGUGCCUCUUUGUGUCCCUGGUGGCCAUAUCGCCCUGUGUCCAGAACCGCCAGCCCCAUUCUGGCUUGCUGCAGUCAGGAGUUAUCAGCUGCUAUGUCAUGUACCUCACUUUCUCAGCACUAUCCAGCAAGCCACCAGAAACUAUCCUGGAUGAAAACAACCGGAAUAUCACAAUCUGUGUACCUGAAUUCAGCCAAGGCCUGCACAGAGAUGAAAACCUGGUUACUGGCUUGGGUACAACAAUUCUGUUUGGCUGCAUUUUAUAUUCUUGUUUGACCUCAACAACACGUGCAAGCUCAGAGGCACUGAAAGGAAUAUAUGCAACAGCUGAAACUGAAGUAGCUCGUUGCUGCUUUUGCUGUGUACCUGAUGGAGAUGCUGAUGCUGAAGAGCAUGUUGAAAAAAGGGGAGGACAGACUGUGGUUUAUGAUGAGAAGAAGGGCACAGUGUACAGUUAUGCCUACUUCCACUUUGUUUUCUUCCUGGCUUCUCUCUAUGUGAUGAUGACUGUAACCCAUUGGUUCCAGUAA